CAUUUACGAAAAUAAUGAUGCCCAAUGACACUAAUGGGGAUGACUACAAAAAGCUGGAAAAAGCUUCAGUGAACCUCAACUUCCUGAAAAGCAACAGUCACACCCACAUUGGUCCCUUGUCGGCAAUAGCAGAGCUAGUGGAUAAUGCGUAUGACGCAGAUGCGAGAGAUCUUCACAUCGAUUUUCUGGACAUCAAUAAUGAACAGUUUCUUGAACUUCGUGAUGAUGGACUGGGCAUGGCUCGCGAAGAGGCACUUCACGCCAUCACGUUUGGACACUCAGCAAAAUGUUCUUACAAAAUCGGCCGAUAUGGCAACGGACUCAAAUCUGGAGCAUUUCAUUUGGGACGUGAACUGUUACUGGUAACGAAGAAAGACGGAAUUAUAACAGCUCUCCUCAUUUCUCAUCGCUUCCAUGAAGACCAAGGACUGACGAAUUCGGUGUUUGUGCCGUGCCCUUCUUUCGACUUGGAUGGUAUUCCAAUUUGUCAAACCGAAAGCGAAAAAGAUCGUUUCAAUCUUGAAAUGAAGAUUAUCGGUAAAUAUGCUCCACUUGGAUCCAGAACUCUUGCUGAAUUGGCCGAUAAAAUCACUGGAAGUACGGGAACGAUCAUCAUCAUUGGCAAUCUGAGAAGAAGUGUGACUGGAGAACUGGCAAUCAACACGACGAAGGAUCCGACUGACAUUAUUGUCGAUUCAGGCGAGGAAAACAAGCCUUGGCGCGAGUCUCUUCGAAAAUAUUUGGAGUUCAUUUAUCUCAAGCCUAGAAUGAGGAUUCAUGUCCGCGGAGAACAAGUUCUGCCGAAAAGGAUUUCUGAAAACUGGAUUGCGAAGAAGCAACAACUAAUUAGUGGUGAUCAGUUCACAGCCGCCUACAACAAGAUUCUUGAUGAAAAGAAUGAGACAGUCAAGAAAUGCGAAGAAGAGAAGGCUUUGGUGAUGUCGGAAAUUGGUGGCACGAAUUACACGUCUGUCCGAAGGGAGGAUCGCGCCAAUCAGAAAAGUUUGCGGCUUCGUGUUGACACCAGUCAGAAGAAUUUGGAUUCGGCCAUUGCCGAUCGAGAUGCAUUCAAGAAAGAAGGAAAGAGUGAAAAAUCAUUCCAUCUCAACAUGGGAAUUGAAACCAAGGACAGAUCGAACAAUGGUAUCCACUUCUACAUCAACAAUCGAUUGAUUUUAUGGGGAAACAAGGAAGCCAAGUUCUUUAGUAAAUUCGCGAACAGCAUCGGUAUUUCAAUGUUCCUGAGUCUGGAUUAUUCGUUGUUCAGUGCGGCACAAAACAAACAAGGCUUCGAUCAUGUGAAGGAUUUCCAAGUGCUCGUUAGAAAGUGCAACGAUGCUCUACGCGACUAUUCCAUGUAUUUGGAGAAGAGUUGGAUUCCAACACAUCUGAAAAAUACCUGGAACGUGAGAAUUUACGAGGGCGAUGACGUUUGGGCGGUGCUAUGGGGCGUUUAUGGAUACAAUAAUACCACCUCAACGACAUGUGUUCAAACUCACGACAGCGCGAGGGAUCAGGUGAUGUGGACGACGUGUGGGAUUUGGAAGCUGUGUCAAAUGUGCCGAACCUGGAUCAAAGCAUCUCGUCCGAAUGAAAUAGUCGGCUCGAAUGAUGAUUUCUUCUGCUGCGAAAACGUAAACCAUCAUGGUUGUCGCACCAUUGUCGCCGAAGAUAACGACUUCAGUAAACUACCGGAAAAAUAUGAUCAUAUCCUACCACAGAAACGGUUGACUAAUUCAGCACCAUCAUCGUCCGACUCUCAAAAUUCUAUUCGCUCGGCAUCAUCCUGUUCUUCUUCGUCUCGUCUAUUGAACGUCGCGAAGAUAGAAAGUCACGAAAGAAUUCAUUCAUCCACUGGUGGUCACAGAUUGGGAGAAUCAUUCUCAACAACAUCUGUCAAGAUGGAACCCAUUCCAAACAAUGCGCAUGACAGUCAUAUCGCAGAAGUCCAACGCAGGCACAGUACUGGAAGAGCAAUCUCACCCGCAGUUUCCGAAAUUUCUCGUAGAGCUGGAACUGCGCCAAGUUCACAAUUGGAUAUGAUUAUGGGAGAAGAAUCGGAUGAGUCGCAAGAGGCACUGACGAUCAGAGCACCGCGCCAACGUGCUAAAAGACCAAUUGAAAGAGUUUCGAGAAGAAAUAGAAGAGAUCAAUCAGAUGAUGACUCAGACUCUGAGAACGAAGAAAGAUACGCUACUGCGCCAAAAAAGUCAAAAGUCAAAGGAAAGGCUGUUGUGAGAGCACCUAAAAUGACUCGGGAGAAAUGGCUAGAAGAAAUGCUCAACCAGUUUCUGACCGCUCAUGGAGAACAACCUCUUCCAAAGAACGGUCAACGAGACUUUGACCCGACGAACAUUGUGGAGCAAACCUCACGACGAAACUUCAAAAACAAUCAGAGAAUCGUAGACGCACAGCAAGCUAUUAUGCGUCAGAUUGGAUCAGUUCUUGAUCAUCUCAAGAGGAACCCGACACAUAAUUUCAAGAUUCCUGCUUCUGGAACUGUCGAGGAGAAACUGAAAAAUAUUGAGCACCAAAUCAAAGGAAAGAAAAAAUAAUAUUCCAGCUCGCCCUGUUUUCCCAGAAGGACGUACUUGUACAAUUAUAGCAUGUUCAUUUAUAAUCUUUUCAGAGAUUUUUAGCUUUCUCUUUUUUCAUUAUCGUUUUUACCUCAUUUAUUUAUUAUCGUUCCCGACCUCAUUUAUUUAUUAUCGUUCCCGACCUCAUUUCCCGACCCCAUUUAUUUAUUAUCGUUCUUCUAAUUCUCUUUUCAAUUAUGGGUUACUUUUUUUUUUUUGUCUCUUCAGUAAGAACGUAUGAAUGUUUUUUUUUGUAAGAAUAUGAAUUUUUUUCAAUCGA